CUCACAGCUUUUAAAGCAGAUCCCGAGGCAAGAAACAGAUCUCAUCCUAUUCACGUCCUUUAUAGUUCCUCCUGCUAUAAAAGGCUGUAAAGACAGGAAACCCCCCUGGUAUGACACGAGCAGAAGAUAAGCACAAGAAACCCCUGAUCUACUGACAAACUGAGCAAAACUUGUGGAGUGGAUUUGAAAACAAACAAUACGCUGGGAUUCGUUUGCUGCAAGAGAGCUUUGCUCUCACGAUUUGAAGUACUUUUUUGGAGAGGAAAAGUAAGAGAAGAGAGAGGACACAGAGACGCUACAGAGGGAGAGAUCUGGGAUGAUGCUUUUAUAAAAAGAAACACAGGAUAGACAAAGUGUCAUGUAGAUUCAAGAAAAAGAGGAGGACCAAGGGAGCCAUAAAGGAGAAAAUAUAAACAGUCUUCGGGUGAGGCAAUCAAGAUAUACGCUGUAACAAAAGAAGAUUCUGCUUGUAGAAAUUCUCUGAGCAGUGUUUGCAUAAGGUUCAAGGAUGUGGGGUUUGACUGGGCACCACCCUGCAGUCUGGCCGCUGCUCUUCUUUUUACCCUGGAUCCUUCCUAACAGUGCAGAAGAACCAUCUUGCCAGGGAGCCUUUGAUCUCUACUUCGUGCUGGACAAGUCAGGGAGUGUUGCAAACAACUGGAUAGAGAUCUAUGGGUUUGUGAAGACUCUCACGGAUAGAUUUGCGAGCCCUCGCAUGAGAUAUUCGUUCAUAGUGUUCUCUACACAAGCGAAAAUAAUUCUCUCUCUCACAGGAGACAGAGCCAAAAUCGAUAAAGGGCUUCAGGAUCUGCGUGAUGUAAAACCAGCAGGAGAAACAUAUAUGCAUGAAGGUUUUAUGCUUGCAAAUGAGCAGAUUAACAAGGCAGGAGGUAAAAGUACUGCAAGUGUAGUUAUCGCGCUAACAGAUGGCAAACUGGCAGAUCAGAUACCACAACUGACAAAACAGGAGGCUGAUAAAGCACGUAUCAUGGGGGCCAGAGUUUACUGUGUAGGGGUCCAGGGUUUCCAGUAUGAUCAGCUUGUAAAAAUAGCAGAUACAGAAGAAAAUGUGUUUCCUGUUGAAGGUGGAUUUAAGGCUUUGGGGGGUAUCAUCAAUUCAAUUUUAAAGAAGUCGUGCACAGAAAUCUUGUACGUUGAGCCAUCAUCUGUCUGUGUUGGUGAGGAAUUCCAAGUCGUCUUAAGAGGAAAUGGAUUUUUACUUAGCCGAAAUGUAAAUGAAGUCACCUGUUCUUUCCUUCUGAAUAACACAAAAAUAAAUGAAAAACCACUCACAGUGCAGGCCCAAUAUAUGAUCUGUCCAAUCAAAGUACUCCAUGAAGCUGGACAAACCAUGGAAGUUUGGGUGAGCAUUAACAAUGGAAAUACUGCUCUUACCAACCCUCAAACAGUCACAGCUAGUAGUUGUACCAAUGGUCUUGCUGCAGUUAUUGCGAUUCUAGUGAUAUUGCUGCUGGUCGCCCUUGCCUUAUUUUGGUGGUUCUGGCCUCUUUGUUGCAAAGUGGUCAUCAAAGAUCCUCAACCCCCACCACCAGCUCCAUUAGAGGAACCAGAACCUGAAAUUGUUUCACCUAAGAAGUGGCCUACUGUUGAUGCCAGCUAUUAUGGUGGUCGUGGUGUUGGCGGCAUCAAAAGGAUGGAGGUACGUUGGGGAGAUAAAGGUUCUACAGAAGAAGGUGCACGAUUAGAAAAAGCCAAAAAUGCAGUUGUGACAAUACCAGAGGAAGCAUCGGAACCUCUGCAGUCAAAACCUCAGAAACCAAAGCCUACCUCACAAGUACACCAGACAAAAUGGUACACGCCAAUCAAGGGUCGAAUUGAUGCACUUUGGGCCUUGUUGCGAAGACAGUAUGACCGAGUUUCUUUGAUGCGUCCUCAGCAAGGAGAUGAGGUAUGA